CAGUUGCACAGCUGAUAUGAGAGUGACGUCAGUAAAACAAAGCCAUGCGCGGUCGAUCGCAGCCGCGAAGUAAACCGAACAGACCGAGGUGUAUUACGAGCAAACAUUGAGCGUCCGUGAUACAGUGAAACGAUGCCGUUCAUAUCAAAGGAUUGGCGCAGUCCUGGUGAAGAAUGGGUGAAAACUGUCGAAGGUUGGGAAAAGAAAAAAAUCCUCGAGUGCGCCAACAAUAAAACACUUUCUCUCUUGCUUCGCGGCGAUAAAGAUGCGCUUGACAAAAAAGAGAAGGAUAAAAAGAAAGAAAACGCCGUCCAACCGCAUUGCCGCAUCACGCUGAAAUGCACCCGCGAGAUCGCUGGUUUCAACGGUUUAAGCGAUGCUCUGAAACGGCUGGACUUUUUAUCCGCGGUACAUGAUUGCCGGCGAUUCAAUUACAUUGUGCGACUAUUGGAUCUUUUGGUCAGUCACAGAAUGGGUGGUCUUAGCGGAUGUGCUCAACGAGUCCUCUUUAAUAUGUUGGAAGAAGUUGCUUUGGAAGUAUCGUUAUCACAGCAACAAACUGGAAAACUUCGUCGUUUGAUCGAAAGAGUACGAGCUUUCAGCGCUAGUUGUUGUUGGGGUGGCAGACCCUUAGGCUCUGUAGUAUUAUGGGAGAAACAUAAAGCUGCUUUAGAGAGAAUAUUACAAAUUGCUUCGUCCAUCACUAUAACACAGCCGGAUGAGAAACAACAACCGCAAUGGUCAGAUUUACCCGCAGAAUGCCGUCGAGAAGUUCUCCUUCGAUUAAGUGAUCCACGAGAUAUUGAAGCAUCUUCAGAGGCUUGCGAACAUCUAGCUAUUCUUGCGCAAGAACAAAGAAUCUGGCGGGAACUUGCUCAGUACCAUUUCACGCCCCAGCAAAUAGCUUCUACAAGACAACAUAAUCCAGGAAAAGACUGGAAAACUAUAUUUACUAUCGCACGAAGAUCAUUUGGUUUGCGAGAAGAAUAUGCAGAGAUAAUUCAAUUAUGCCGCAAUUGCCGUUGCUUAUUUUGGCGAUCACUCGGGCAUCCCUGUAUCGCUGACCAAGAUCCAGCCUUUCAAGAAAAAUUGGCAGACGUUGAUAGAGCGUCUCUUCAUGUUCCGAUUCCUCCGCAGACUUUCCUCAAAUUUUUUUCUCUAUGAAACAAACAAAUAGACAGACAGAGAAGAGGGGAUUUAUGCUUUUACUUUUCUAGCCUUUCUUGACAAAGGAAAUACUAUUUAGAAAAGUAUGCACAUAAACCAUAAAAAUCUUCGAUAUCCUGCAUUUCCUCUGCCUUGUCUCGUCAUCGAUAAAUGCAUCGAAAAACAUA